CGCUCAGGGCGGCCGGAGGAGUUCACAUCAUGCCUAGCAGCGCACGAAAGCAGCGCCUGCAAACGGACGGAAGUCAACAGGCUGUUCCACACGUUGUCGCAGCGUCGACUCGAUGGUGGUCUUCGACCUCACAAAGAUUCAACCACCGGGCCAAACGUGACCACAAUAACCGAACCUGAUCCCCGUCCACGCCUCCGCCUUCUUCCCCGCCUCCCUCAUCCUCUUCUCCGGAGACUCCCUCCGCAGAGAGCACUGGUCCAAUGAAAGACUUCAGAUCGAGGUCAUACAACGACGGCCGGAUGGCGGCGGUGCCUCCUCCGUCCAGCCUCUACGACUACAGGAGCAACAGCACGAGCUCCUACGCCUACGGUGGCUACGGCUCCAAAGGGAUCAAGGAGAAGGAAGCCGCUGCGCCCUCUUCCUCAUCCAAGAAGGGCGGGUGGGUGCUCGGCGACCCUGAUUUCCAGCGGCGGAAGCGCGUCGCCAGCUACAAGGCCUAUGCCGUGGAGGGCAGGGUGAAGGGGUCCGUGAGGAGGGGCUUCCGCUGGCUCAAGGAUAAAUACACCCAAAUCGUCUAUGGCUGGUGGUGAUCCGUCUCCUCCUGGUAUCGUCUCUAACCAGGUUUCAUCUUUUUCCGUUUAGGAAUCGAUCUGUGCCAAAAAGAUCGGAACUUGCCAUAAGCUUGCUUCAUCUGAUCAAGCAUCUGUUCUUUUUACCUUCAGUAAAUAUCUAUCAUCCUUCGUUUACACAAGACGUCCGUCACUUGCAUCUCUCUUAUUUCUUCUCAUAUGGUAUUGUUCUUCGUCGAUGAUGAGUUAAUGUUUGCUGAUACCAUGGCAGAUUGAUGGUUUGUAGAGCUUUGUCGAAGUUAUUGGAUUUUGAAGGAGGAAGUUGUUUGCUGAUUCCAUUAUCAGCAAUAGUAGUUAUAUUCCAGCCAGAAGUUUCUGCUCAUUGAUUUUUGCCCUAAGGUUUGAAUAAAUAUAGUGUGUUAAAUAAAAGGUAUAUGUUUGUUAUCUAAUAGAGAAAUCUGUCUGAAAUAGUGUA